UGUAUUUUCUCAAUCUUUUAUCACAAAAGGGAAUGAGCAUUGGCGGAUGAACUGACUUACUGGAAAUUUGGGCAAUUGAAUCACUCCGCAAUAGAAUUUGCUUCCACUUUUUUCUGUCCCUAUCUUUUGGAGACUUGCUGUUGAUCAAAGCACACGCAGAAACAAAAGUAUUUCGAUGCCCAACUGCCGCUGUGGAUAUCCAGCUACCUGUUUCGAAGUACACAAGCCCGGCCCUAACAGAGGUCGCUGGUAUUGGAAGUGCGCAACAGGCACCUGCAGGUUCUUUAAGUGGGACGAUUCAGCUUACAACUUCAUUCGCCACCCCGUCGAAGCUUAUGCUGCCGCUGCACCUUUAGCCAACUUGCUUAAACGACCCCCUUCUAUUCCACAUGACUACACGAAAGGUCACGAGAAUGUGCUGCCACCAAGCCAUGUCAAAAUUGCCUUCAGUUUGCUGCCUGGAUCACGAAUAGGCAUCAAGGCUCAAAAGAAUUUGACCGUCGAUCCAGUGAUCGCAAGAAUCGACCAAAUUGAGUGGAACGACCAGCUAGAGUUAUGGACAAUUCCCGCCACUCUCUACAACUAUGAAAAAGCUUUAGCUGCGCUACCUACCAGUAUACCCAACAUUCAUCUUGACAUUGAUCCACUUCCUGAUACUUUGAUAGACGGCAUGAUGUGUGAACCAGAAGUCUUGGCUACAGGUGGCGAUAGUAUGGGAGAUAUAGAAAUGAAGUGGACUGAAUUCAUAGAAAACCCUAUACGAAACCGACUGACAGGUUUCCAAAGGGAAGCAGUACGAUUAGCCAUUGAAAGACGAGGACGUAUUCUAUUUGGAAACGAGCACGGUGUAGGGAUGAUGGAGCCAGUAUUAGCGUUGAGCGAACUCUACAAUGACGGAAAGCCCGUCUUCCUAAGUUGCCACGAAGUGUUGUGUAAUACUUGGAAAGAGGAAAUACAAAAAUUUUUGGGUCUUGAAGAUGAGGAAGUCUGUAUCUUAGAUAACGUGACGACCGCUUUGUUCAAAGCGCAACUACCAAGCUUGAAAAAGAAACGAAAUAAUCUAUCGGCAACGAAGAACAACGAAACAACUAAAAAGAGAAAGUGUCCAUCCCGGACCCAUUCCUCCUCUUCACAGAAAAAACCGAGGAACAGGAUACGACAACCUUAUAAACAGAGAAUGAGAGAAUUAAUGGAGAAAGGACACAUAUCAGAUAGUAGCGAUUCUUCGUAUGAGGAGAAAAGUGAAGAAGAAGAAGAAGAAGAAGAAGAAGAAGAAGAAGAAGAAGAAGAGAAUGAGAUUGAGAAUAGUGAGAGUACACAUGCCAAAAAUAGAGAAUGUGGAGAGCUUGAAGUAGGAAUAAGGCCUUCCCUUCCCGUCAAAUUCUACAUUGUUAGUCACCGAAAGGCAUCCAAGAAUAAAUCAAAGAUUAUGGAACAAAAGUUUAAUCUAAUGAUUUGUGAUGGAAGUCAUUAUCUAAAGCAUAAAGAUAUCAACGAAGCAAAAAACCUUUGUACAUUACUUCAAUCGCACCCAAGGGCCAUUUUAUUGUCAGAUCAAGCGUCGUUUAUGCUUCCUAUUGAUCUGUAUUCUUUGAUUAAUGCUGUUGAUAGCAGAUGGUAUCCCGAUUUGGAUUUGUAUACGAAGCGUUAUUGCAAUCCUAAAAGCACAGUAUUUGGCUGGGCAUUAAAUGGAAGGUCCAAUGUAGAUGAAUUCCAGCUCAUUCUAGAUUCUAAAAUUUGGUAUUGCCCAAAAUUGAUUGACAUGAAAUCUGAACUUCCAAAAGUCGUUCGACAACGAAUUAUUUUGACUUUGGAGGAUAAUACAGAAGAAAAGAAGACAUUACAAGCACAUAUGCGCCGACUGCGAAUAGAAGAGCACACAUUGGACAAAUACAUUCAAGAAAAUGAUCUGUUGAAAAUGACAAACAUAGCAAAAAGGAAACCAAUAUUUAAUUACAUUGAUUAUGCUUUCGAAACGUACAGAAGACCGAAAAUUGCCAUUGGAUAUUUCGAUAAUGAUACCUUAAAAGCGAUAGAAGAAUUGAUGAAGCAAAGAAGGAUGAAGUGCUCUGUAUUAAAUAAUCUACAGGAUGCUCACGAGAGAGCUGAAGCUUACAACAUUAGUAAAGCAGUACAAGUAGUUAUGAUAGAUAUGAAUCUGAACUUUCAAGAGGAAAAUAUAUAUCUCCCCGCAGUUGAUCUGGUUAUUGUUGCUGACCUUCCGGCAGAGAAAGAGAAACUGAGUACUUUUGAGUCUUAUUUCUCGGUAAAUAUCAUGCGUUGAAAUGCUUUGAUCAAUAAGAGCUAACGUUAUCUGUAUUUAAAGAUUUAUGAAAGAGAGACUCCAUUAAUUAUUAAAUACCUAAUUGCGCCUGAAACCAUUGAUACCUACCUUUGGCCUAUUGUGUGUCAAGAAGAAUCAUGAAUGCCAGUGCUGGAUGAACCACUCCCUGUACAAAAUGUUUAAUUAACAUUCUAUUACGUCUAUACAGUAUCUACUUAUUAUUCUUUAAUAUCUCCUUCUUCACUUUAGCAUAUUCAUUAUUUAAUUGUUUAAUCCCACAAAUUUCAAUUCAGUAUCGUCAAUAAAGC